AUGGAGUCUAAACCCAGCUCCGAAGCUCAGCAGCCUACCAAGGAGGAACCACAGUCUAAUCGCGGACCUGGUGAUGAGAAGCCUCGGAAGAUCAAAAUCAGGCGCUCUCGCUGGACCUGUGAUCCUAAAGAGCUGGCUAUAGUGAACUGGAUCGAGGACAGCUGGCUGCAACUAAUCACUGGUGAUGACGAUUUCUUUGAUGAAGAUGAAGAAAUUAGGCCAGGCAAGCGACCUGUUACACGGAACAUAGCCUGCAUUCCCAACACUACGACGAUCUUGUUUGAAACAGGCGGAGCUUUCUACAUAGGAGGCCACCUCUCUUUCGCUCUCAAGCGUAUCAUUUGGCCAACAACAGAGAACGAGAUUCUUAUUGACCUGAACUCCCGCUGGUGUGAGGAGUUCAAAUAUGAGUGGCUUGAUGGGGAUAUGUAG